GGCGUGGCCACCGAGGGCGGCCUCGGGCGGCCCUGACGUCACACCCGCGCCCCCCACCCCACCCCCCAGCCAGCCCCGAGGUAUUUACCUUCGAAAAGUGGUGGCGGCUGCAGGUACCGGAGGAGCGGAGCGGCCGGGAGGGGCUGGGUCCCUGGGGCUCCCCGCCUAACCGCUCCAAGGCGGAGGGAUGCCCCGGCUCAGACGGAUCCCAGAGUCUUGCCUCCUGCCCAAACCCUUCCCCUCCGGUUAGCCCUCCAAACCUGCUCACCGCUCGAACCCCGGUCCUGAGGGUUUGAACCCCCAAUACCGCCUCUCUCGUGACUACUCAUCUUAAAGCCUCCUCGCCCCCUUCCAAGUCUACUCCCCAUUCCCACCCUGAGCCCCGCAAACUAGCCUCUGCUCCUAACAUUCCUCCAAUCCAGAGGUUCCCCUCGUACGUGACCCUCAGACCCACGCCCUCCCCAUCUUGUGACCCGGCCCCAAACUCCCCUCACCAUACAUCCGUUCCUCUGCUCAGUCUGGGCCCAGGCCCCUGUGGCCCUGAAGACAUGGAGUUUGUAUCUGGAUACCGGGAUGAAUUCCUUGAUUUCGCUGCCCUCCUGUUUGGCUGGUUCCGAAAGUUCUCGACGGAGCGCGGGGCUGUGGGGGCCAGCCUUGAGGGCCGCUGGCGCCAGCUGGAGACGCAGAUCAGAAGGCUGCCCCAGGACCCCGCCCUUUGGGUGCUGCAUGUUCUGCCCAACCGUAAUGUGGGCAUCAGCCUGGGGCAAGGAGCAGAGCCAGGCCCUGGAUCGGGCCUGGGGGCUGCCCAGUUCCUGGGAGAUGAGCACCCCCUCCACCUGCGAGACCUAAGCCCCUAUGUCAGUUUUGUCAGCCUGGAGGAAGGGGAGGAAGCAGAGGAGGAGGAGGAAGAGAGUGGAGAGGAGGAGGGUGCAGGCUUGGAGAAGGUAGAUCCAGACAAAAAUGGGGCCCCUGCCCCUACCAGCAGGGACUCCCCACAGGAAGCAAACCCUCCAGGGAGGCCAGAGGAGCCGGAGCAAGAGGCAGGAGGUGGAGGAGGUGCCCAGGAUUGCUGCCGAGAAAACAAGGCAGAGGACGAAGCAGUCCCUGAGAGGAGGAAGGGGCGGAGAAGUGAGGCUGCCCCCCUGCACCUUUCCUGCCUCUUGCUGGUAACAGAUGAACAUGGCACCAUCUUGGGCAUUGACCUACUAAUGGAUGGAGCCCAGGGCAGUGCAGGCAAGGGCUCAGGGCCAGAGAACCUGGCCCCUCGGGCCUAUGCUCUCCUCUGCCACAGCAUGGCCUGCCCCAUGGGCUCCGGAGACCCUCGAAAGCCCCGACAGCUGACUGUGGGAGAUGCCCAGCUGCAUCGAGAGCUGGAGAGUCUGGUCCCGAGGCUGGGAGUGAAGUUAGCCAAGACGCCGAUGCGGACAUGGGGUCCCCGGCCAGGCUUCACGUUUGCCUCCCUUCGGGCUCGAACCUGCCACGUCUGUCACAGACAUAGCUUUGAAGUGAAGCUGACACCUUGCCCCCAGUGUAGUGCGGUCUUGUACUGCGGAGAGUCUUGUCUCCGGGCCGACUGGCGGCGAUGUCCGGAUGACGUGAGCCACCGGUUUUGGUGCCCGAGGCUCGCGGCCUUCAUGGAACGUGCCGGAGAACUAGCAACUCUGCCUUUUACCUACGCCACAGAGGUGACCAGUGAAACCUUCAACAAGGAGGCCUUCCUGGCCUCACGGGGCCUCACUCGUGGCUACUGGACCCAGCUCAGCAUGCUGAUCCCAGGCCCUGGCACGCCCAGGCACCCCCGGGGCAGCACGCCAUCCCUCAGCCUUCUUCUCAGUGGAGAUCCCUACCAGCUUCUCCAGGGGGAUGGGCCUGCCCUGAUGCCUCCUGUGCCCCCAGAUCCACCCAGGAGCCUCUUUGGCUCAUGGCAGGAUUACUACACGUGGAGGGGCCUCGGCUUGGACUCCCCCAUGGCUGUACUUCUCACCUACCCGCUGACUGUGUACUAUGUCAUCACCCACCUGGUGCCCCAGUCCUUCCCUGAGCUCAACAUCCAGAACAAGCAGUCACUGAAAAUCCACGUGGUGGAGGCCGGGAAGGAGUUUGACCUGGUCAUGGUGUUUUGGGAGCUCUUGGUCCUGCUCCCCCACGUGGCCCUAGAGCUGCAGUUUGUGGGCGACGGCCUGCCCCCCGAGAGUGACCAGCAGCAUUUUACCCUGCAGAGGGAUGGCCCAGAAGUGUCUGUCCGUCCUGGUUCCGGGGUAUCGGGGCGGCUCAGCUCCGGGACCAAGGAGAAGGGGGGCCGCAGGGACCUGCAGAUCAAGGUGUCUGCACGGCCCUACCACCUGCUCCAGGGGCCCAAACCUGACCUGGUUAUCGGGUUUAACUCCGGCUUCGGUCUCAAGGACACCUGGCUGAGCUCGCUGCCCCGGCUCCAGUCCCUCCGAGUGCCGGCCUUCUUCACCGAGAGCAGCGAGUACGGCUGUGUGAUGGACGACCAGACCAUGGCGGUGGCCACGGGAGGGGGCACCAGCCCCCCGAGGCCCAAUCCCUUCCGCUCCCCUUUUCGCCUGCGAGCGGCCGACAACUGCAUGCCCUGGUACUGCAACGCCUUCAUCUUCCACCUGGUCUACAAGCCCCCGCAGGGGGGCGGGGCCCGCCCGGCGCCGGGUCCCGCGCCCCAGGCCCCGCCCCCCGCCGCGCCCCCCGCCCCCGCCCGCAGACGCCGAGGGGAGAAGAAACCUGGGCGGGGGGCCCGCCGGCGCAGGUGAGGGAGGGCCCAGGCGUGGCCGCCCGGCGCCCCCCGCCCAACACGCCCCCGAAAGCAGAUCGGAGCCGCGCACGGCCGGGGGGAGGCGUUUGGCGGAUCGCGCGGAGGUAAAUAAAAGUGCUCGUUUGAAGCCACUGAGUCACGCGCCUUCCGGUUAUACGCCCCGGACGGGGUCCUUAAACGCGGAGGAGAGGAAAGGAUUUCGGGAUGACUCAUUUGCCUCCAGCUUCUUUCGGCCCCGCCAUGGCUGUCGCCUCCCUUUCCCGCGGUUCCGACCCUCCUUGGCAAUCCCAAACUCCUGGGGGGUGUGUGGGGGGGGGGGGUAAGUCAUUUCCAGGCCCCUGUAACCCUCGGGGACCUGCCCCAGCGCAAGACCCGAGAAGGGGAAAGUGGCUUCUCACUAGCAGGCAGGGCAAAAGCAUACAGGCUCCGAGGGGCGCACAGACCCCGUGGUUUAGAGGCAGCGAAGGGCCCCAGGCCACCCAACCCUGGGCCCUCCUCCGUCCGGUCUCCACCUUCUCUCGUUCCGCAUAUCCGGUGAAGGGCCAAUUUCUGAGUCAGCCUGCCAAAGGCAUUCAAGUUCACCUGUUCGUUCACCAGGCAGAGAAUUCCCUCUAGGGCAUUAGUCCCCUGCUUCAAUCCCCUUUCCUCCAUUCUUAAAAUCCCCGUGAGUGUGGGCUGGGCUUAGUGCCUCCGUGGCUAAGUACAGAAAGGGAAGAGUAACAGAGAAGCUUGGCACACACCACUUUCCCCCAGUGAGUAAGUCAUGUUGAUGUCAUGUGCUCCCCGACCUGUUGCAAUGAGGCCCCAUCACCUUAGUGUUCUUCCUAAGAAUCCCUAAGCUCUGUCUCAUCCUGAGAAAACAUCGGACGAAUCCAACCUGUGGGACAGUCUACAGAACGCAUGACCACUCCUGCCAAAGUGUCAAAGUCACGAGAGGCGAGGAAAGACCAAGAAACUGUGACAGACUGGAAGAGACAGAGGGGACAUGAUGUCUAAAGAUGACGUGGUAUCCUGGGUCGGAUCCUGGGGCAAAGAAAGGACUUUGGUGGAAAAAACUGGGAAUCCAAAUAAAAU